AUGUCACGGCGUAAACAGGCCAGACCCCAGCAUCUCAAUUCCCGGGAGCUGCAGCCUGAGCGCCCGGAGGUGGCGGCGGAGCUAGCUUCGGAACUCAGCAGUGAUGUUCUGAAACCAGCCAGUCCCUCCACAGACAGCAGCGAGGCCCCAAAAGUCUCCAUUGUGCCUGUUCCUUCAGAAUUGAGGGAACAAACUACUACCCUCGGGGAGAGGACAUUCAACUGCUGUUAUCCAGGCUGCCAUUUCAAAACCGUGCACGGCAUGAAGGACCUGGAUCGACACCUCAGAAUUCACACCGGGGACAAGCCACACAAGUGUGAGUUCUGCGAUAAGUGCUUCAGCCGCAAGGACAACCUGACCAUGCACAUGCGCUGCCACACCAGCGUCAAGCCCCACAAGUGCCACUUGUGUGACUAUGCAGCCGUAGACAGCAGCAGCCUCAAGAAGCACCUGCGCAUCCAUUCGGAUGAGCGGCCAUACAAGUGCCAGCUUUGCCCCUAUGCCAGCCGCAACUCCAGCCAGCUCACUGUGCACCUACGCUCGCACACAGGGGACACCCCCUUCCAGUGCUGGCUCUGUAGCGCCAAGUUCAAAAUCAGCUCAGACUUGAAACGGCACAUGAUUGUGCACUCGGGGGAGAAGCCGUUUAAGUGUGACUUCUGUGAUGUGCGGUGUACCAUGAAGGCCAACCUCAAGUCCCACAUCCGCAUCAAGCACACCUUCAAGUGCCUGCACUGCGCCUUCCAGGGCCGGGACCGUGCUGACCUCCUGGAGCACAGCCGACUGCACCAGGCCAACCACCCCGAGAAGUGCCCCGAGUGCAGCUACUCCUGCUCUAGCGCCGCCGCCCUGCGUGUGCACAGCCGUGUGCACUGCAAGGACCGUCCCUUCAAAUGUGACUUCUGCAGCUUUGACACCAAGCGGCCCAGCAGCCUGGCCAAGCACAUUGACAAGUUGCACAGGGACGAGGCCCGGACAGAGAACCAUGCCCCACCGCCACCACUGGGCAGCGAGGCUUCUCGGGAGGGCAGUGCCCAGCACUUGGCCAAGAUCGUGACCCAGCGGGCCUUCCGCUGCGACAUCUGCGGGGCCGCCUUCGUCAGGAGUGACUCUCUGCGCUGCCAUAAGAAGCAGCACAGUGACCAGAAUGAGGGCAAGACCUUGGAGCUGGUCACUUUUCCCCCGGAGAGCAGCUCCUCGGGGCAGCUGGGCACCCUGGUCUCCGUGGGGCAGCUGGAGACCACACUGGAACCCAGUCAGUGUCUCUAGGCUGGCCCUGGGGAUUCCCCAAAUUGUCACCAGCCCCCAGAAUCUGCUACAAUUCUACAGCCUCCAGAGACAAUGUCUGUAAAACUGAGGUGCAAGGACUAUCACUAAAGCAAUAUCCCC